UUUCAGAUUAAACAAUUGUGUGGCCUAUGCGGUCCAUACGUGGAUGCUCUUGAAAUCCAUGAAACGAUUUGCUCAGAGGCCUCAAACGGAAAAAUCCCACUGCACGCACUUCUAACCGGGCUCGAGCACCUCAAGAUGCUUAGUUUGCGGUUUAAGCAGACAUACGCCAAAGAUGAGUUUUCAUGGAACACAGUCACCACGUCCUACCAGGACAUGAGCCUAUUGGCCAAAGGCUUGCAAAACAUUCGCUUGCAGGAAUUAAGACUUACAGACUCGGAUAUUGACUGCGACAAAGCGAUUAUUAUAUUGAAAGCCUUGUGCAAGCACGAUUUAGCAGUCUUGGACCUUUCGCACUGUAAAAUUGGUGACAGAGGAGCAGUGGCGAUUGCCAGGUUUACCACCCUUUGCCCCGUUCGCGAGCUCUACUUGGUCAACAACCGAAUAGGUAAGUAUACGAUAAGACCAUUACUUAUGGGACACCCUAACCUCUUGAUCGCUAACUUAGCACGAAAUUCAGGCACAAAAGGAGUGAAGAGUUUGGCCUAUGCAGUUGCUCAGGAGGGCUGCGAGCUGCACCACCUGGACCUUCAUCUCAACCACGUUUCAGACCAAGCUGGCAACAUUUUGCUCGCCAGCUUGGUCAAGUACAAUCAGAGCCUCAAAAGCAUCCUGCUAUCAAGCUGCAGCUUGACCAAUCACUUUCAAAUAGCACGCGCGCUUAAACACCGGAACUGUAUUGAAAGACUGGACGUCUCCAAUAACGCGCUUGGCGAGGACACAGGACUAGAACUACUGCGGGCGUUAAAGAGCAAUUCAACUUUGCGAAAACUGGACGUGAGAAUGUGCAAAAUAUCAUCCUCAACCGAGGCAGGCAUUCAACACGAGGUGCAUAAAAACAGGAUCGGUUGGUCAAAGGAUUGCGCCAGUGAAUCUGUCGAAGACGUCGCGUGGGAUGAUAUUUUAAAAGCAGAAAUCGAGAACGCACUCAUCACCACACAGGGAUUCAAUGACUAACUUUUUCACAAAUUAACGGGGGCUUAAAAUUAGCCGGUUUGUUUUAAAGUUCGGGCAGAAUUUCGCGACUUUAUUUAUUCAAAGAGGUCUACAUAAACAACGCAUUAUUAGUAGAAUAAUGAAACAAACGUUUGCAUGUUUCUUCAUAAAAGAAACCGUGUAAGUGAAGUAUCUCGAUCGAAGAUUGUGUUCAAAUGCUCUACUUACUUUUCACCGGGGGUUUGUAGGCUCGCCGCUGCUAACCACGAUUGCUUUUUUCGCCCGGCAAAAACAUUUCACUUUGAUUAGUUUUUCUAAGAUUAUUUGAAUAUCUAUCACCCGGAGUAAAUCAAGCUGACAGUGACAUUUAUUGUGAUUGCAUGACAACACGAAAUUAUCGCUGUCAUUUUCUGUCAUUAACCUCACAUCAAAUUUUAAUAUACAGGGUGUCUCACUCUGGAAAUGUGGAUACAUGCGUAAUGGUCCCUGAAUCAGAAUAUUUUCUGAAGUUAACAUAGAGACAAAAAAUAGACAUAUGACAAAAAAGAAAGCAAAAAUCCUAAGAAUUAAGUUUUUUGGGAGGCAUUUUAAUAUCCCUGCAUUGUUUUCGUUUAGAGCCAACGUUACAGAGACGUGAAAUGUUACUUGGAAGGGACAUGGAAUUUUUUUUAGGUAUUUGGUCUUCUUUCAAUAAAAAGGCACCCACUUACUUGAUAAUUAUUUCGUAACUAAGAAACAUCAUAUUUAUUUCUUAGCUGGUGCCUUCGCGGCAACUUUUUUCGGCUUGGCAGCCUUUGCCUUCUGGGCCUUCAAGAUUUGGACCCUCCUUUUAGCCUGCAG